AAAUUAUUUCCUAUUUGCAAAGAAAAUCGUGAAAAUAAAAUUUUAAAAUAUCCCACCGAUUCAGAUAAGUAGAUUCGAGUUUUGAAGUUGAGAAAAAUAUUUUUUUUACACUCUGCACAAGCUGUCGUGAACAGUGGUUCAAGAGGUACCGACAUAUACCCUUUGUUCACGUCAGGGAUGACUUUUGUACCCCGUCGAUGCGGAGCUACAGUAAUUUCUCGACGAGCGUGUCUGCGUUGGGGAUACGUCACUCGGUGGGUCGAUAAAAAUUUUAUUGGUCAAUUGAUCAGGGAUCACGCGACUCGAAUAAAUUUGCACGCGUCCGUCGGACCCGCCGCCAAUGAAUCGCAAUAAACAGCCGGGGCGCGUCGAAAGGGGCAGCGGAGUCCUCGAUUAAAUUUGCGGCCCGCCAAUUGUUUGUCUUGUGACUACCGUUCGCGUGAUCGGUCGGUUUCCGUAAACUCGGAUCACGUGCUAGCAGGGACCGGCUUGGACCAAGUCAACUCGACACUUGUACGUCCCUGGAUCUCUUUAUACCAGUACUACUUUCUUCCCAAACUCGAGGGAAAAGUCAGAGACGGCCCACCAGGAGAGUCCAGGAUGACGAUCAACGCGUCGUCCAUGGUGAUAGAUUAUCUGGUAUUCGUCGGAUGCAUCAUAAUCUCGUUCAUCAUACCGUUAUGGGGCAAACUGCGAGGAAGUCGGAAGGAAGGUACCAAGGCGGACUAUGUCUUCGCCACCGGGAACGUGUCCAUGGGCGCCAUGAUGCUGUCCAUCGCUCGGGGGACGCUGGGAGUCAGGUCCUUCCUGGGCUACCCCUCUGAACUCUACUACAGGGGCAGCGCCAUGUGGGAGACCAUGUACGGCAUGCUGCUCGCGUAUCCCAUCGUGUGCUUCGUCUUUGUUCCUGUUUACUACAGCCUCGGCAUCACGUCCGUCUAUCAGUACCUGGACAUGAGGUUCAAGUCAAAGCUAGUCAGAUGCCUGGCGAGCUUCUCGUACGUGAUACGUAGCCUGCUGAACUUGGCCGUCACGAUAUUCACGCCAUGCGUCGCUCUGAAGGCUGUGAUAGGGCUGCCAUACUGGGCCAGCAUCAUCGGGAUCACGACGAUAUCGGUCAUUUUCUCCGUUAUGGGAGGACUGAAAGCAGCCAUUCUCUCGGACGUUAUUCAAGGUGUGACGAUGCUCGGUGUUUCUCUAGUGAUAAUCGCACACGGCGUGGCUGAUAUCGGUCCCAGCAAAGUCUUGAACGUGACGUACGAACGAGGCAGACUGGAUUUCUUCAAUAUGGAUCUGGAUCCAACGAUACGCGUCACUACAAUGUCGGCGACGUUGGGUCAACUAUUCAUGAGCCUGUCCAUUUUUGGCUGUCAACAAAACUUUGUGCAGAGGUAUUGCAGCAUGUCUAGUCAGCGCAAAGUUGUCAAAACAAUGAUGGCCAACAUACCGAUAAUUUUCAUCAUCUUCUCCCUCUCGUGGGUGGUGGGGAUGGUUAUCUUCGCUAACUACGCGGACUGCGACCCGCUGACCCUCGGCUACAUAUCCAAGUUCGAUGAGAUCGUGCCGUUCUACGUGGAGGACAAGUUCCUGAGCGUCCCUGGACUCCUGGGUCUGGUGAUGGCCACUCUGUUCAACAGCGCUUUGACGCUUGCCGUCUCUAACCUGAACUCCCUGGCCACGGUCACGUACGAAGACUUCCUCAGUCAGAUACCUUCGAUGAAGGACUUGAAAGAUAAGCAACAGCUGCAUGUGAUCAAGCUGAUCAGCGGUAUCUACGGCGUGCUGAUAGUGGGCGUCAGCUUUCUGGUGGCAAUGCUGUCGGGCGUGAUCGAGUCGUCGAUGCUGAUUACGUCUGCGACAUCGGGCCCCCUGUUAGGCGUCUUCCUAUUAGCUAUGCUGAUACCGUGUGCCAAUUGGAAGGGCGCAGCGUCCGGUAUGAUCUUCAGCCACGUAACCACCAUGUGGAUCAUGUUUGGUCAUCUGUCGAUCACCAACAACGUGGAGACGUUGCCCCUGUCCACGGAGAACUGUCAGAACGACACGUUCUCGCCGUGGAUCACCAAGCCGGGCAACAUGGUCUACACCACGCCAAACGUCACCGUGAACGUGACGCAGGGCCUGCUCACCGAACAAAUAAGCGACUCGUCGUCGAUGGGGGCCGUCGAGUUCCUCUACAGCAUAACGUACAUGUACUACGCGCUCAUCGGUAGCAUGGCGACGGUGAUCGUGGGCGUUAUAGUGAGUCUGAUCACCGCCGACCCCAAACGCGACAUGUACGAGGAACACCUGCUUCAUCCUUACGCGGUGAAGAUGGCCAGAUACUUCCCCGGGAGACGGAGACUGUACGCUAGCAGCACGCGGCUCAGGAACGAGCGCAACGCUGCCAACGCCACCUCCUCCUCCUCGGUGACCUCGAUCGCGAAUGGCGUGGGGAAGACAACCACUCUGCAAGGGGUCGUGGACGAUAACGGGAAGCUCCAGAUCGACAUCGGUUACAUCGAGAAGCUCAAUGCUCUUAAGGCCGUCUCGCUGGACGUGACCAACGAGGUCAACAAAGGUACCAGACUCUGAGACCGGGACGUCAUUGGUGAUUCAGUGAUGGUGACUCCGAAAUCGGUGACUCGGUGAUAUUUCUGUUCCUUGGCGGACUCUCAUUAUCGGAUCGAACUUUGUCGAUUUGCUUAACGAUCCCCGUGAGCCUGCAGGAGCCGUAGAAUUGAAGAUGCCGCGUUCAUCCUCGGUGUUAGCUUUAGUUAGCGAUAGCUUUAGAGUAGCGUGAUCUUCACGAUUUUGUCAACACGAUGCUCGACGAUGUACAGGGAGAGAAGGAAGUAACUGUCACCGGGUUUCAGGAAGAUACUGGUGAGGGAUGAGCGUUUGACAUUAAAGGUUGGAGUAUUUCAAUGUAUUUCGCUUGAUGGUGGAAGAAUGGAAAGGUUGAAUGUUGCAAAUGAAGUGGUUAUUUUUAGGGAAGAUUGUUGGAGUCUCUGGUAACUAGAUCGUACAGUAAUUUUUUGAGUCAAGGAUGAACUUUUUAUCCUUCUGUUUAGUGUAUAUAGAAAUAAUCGAAAUUCUUGACCCGGAUUUUAAUAGGGGCCAUUGGCGUAAUUUAUUUAGUAUUUUAUUACGAAAUAAUAAAUGGUACAUUUGAUGGUCGAGAUAAAUAUUUGUAAGCACUCCGCCAUAUAUUAAUAUACCUAACAAUUUUAGGAAACCAUUUAUUAUUUGCAAUCCAAUACGACCGACGGCAGGAUGUUCUCUAACUUCACACUUUAUAAUCAGAAAUGACCAAAAUAUAUCUCAGAUGGUAUUCAAACGACGUAUACCCUGCUAAUUUGCAUCUUAUUUAUAGUCGGAUGCUUAGAAGUAGUUGCAUGUGGUAUUUGGUAGUUGUGAAACUACAGAAUACUCAUUCAGCUUUAUCAUCGAAUACAGAAUACACAUACAUAUCUUGUGAAUUGGUGAAGCAAUCCAGAAACAAUGAUGAAACUGAAUACAAUUAUUUUUCACUAAUACAAAAUACAAAACAAUGUAUUCUGUAUUCGACGGGUACUUAGAGUAUUUGACUUUCUGUAAAUCGCAUACUCGCGUGCCUUAAGCUUCAAAGUCUGAUUUCAUUUACCAUUCUACGCUAUUGUAUUUCGAAAACACUAGAAUGGCCACCCAGCAAUCUCUUGACGACAGAUAUUAAUAAGAAUUUUUCACGCCAGAAAAAAAUAAUUUAGAUUAUAGAUGAUUAAUAUUUGACAGCAUGAAUGAAUACAAAUGAAUGAUUAUAUUUGGGUAUAAUGUCAAGUUGUUCCAGUUCAGUAUUUUAGGUAUAUCUCGAUUACCGAAUCGUUCGAUUUGUCUCUGCUAUCGUCGAUAGUUGCGCAAAUUACUAUACGCAAAAUUGUCACGUACCUUGUGAGAAUGAAACGAAUAUCGUGGUAAUUUAUUUUUCACAAAUCACCACCAAUCGAGAUACAUAGGACUACUCCUGAAGCCCGUCUGAAAAUCCUGCCUGAAACUCAUUCUCAGUACCGUUUCGUUCUUCUACACUCUGUACCGUCGAGUCACCCUAUAGAUCUUGCUCCCGCGUGGACGGGCACAUCCCACGCGGUCACUGUAAUUCGAUGUAGAGAGUAUUUCCUUAAACACGUUCGAGCAGAAUGUUACAGGGUAGACGCUAGUACAAAGGAUAGGCUCGAGGCCUCGUCGAGUCGCUUGAAAACGACACGUGUGCCUGCAUAUGAUGUAA